UGGCGCCGCGAGGUGAGAUGCCGGAGGUAAACGGUUGUCCUCCACCCCCCUGGAAAUCCUGUUCUUUCUGAACGGGUGGUAUUAUGCUACCUAUUUCCUGCUGGAACUCUUCAUAUUUCUGUAUAAAGGUCUCCUGCUACCGUAUCCAACAGCCAAUCUAGUACUGGAUGUGGUGAUGCUCCUUCUUUAUCUUGGAAUUGAAGUAAUUCGACUGUUUUUUGGUACGAAGGGAAACCUCUGCCAGCGAAAGAUGCCACUUGUUAUUAGUGUGGCCUUGACCUUCCCAUCUGCCAUGAUGGCCUCCUAUUACCUGCUGCUGCAGACCUACGUGCUCCGCCUGGAAGCCAUCAUGAACGGCAUCUUGCUCUUCUUCUGUGGCUCAGAGCUGCUGCUUGAGGUGCUUACCCUGGCCGCCUUCUCCAGUAUGGACAGGAUUUGAAGUACAAAAAUUGCAGCCAGCAGCCCUCAUGGGCUGAGACCACACAUCCUUCUGGCACUUUAGCCACACCAGUGAGAAAUGGUGGGUCACACUGUCCUGGGAAAGGUUGCAGCUUUUCCUCAGCACAGACGUUUGGGCAACAAACAGAGCAUAAGGGCACUGGGCACCAUCUUCUAAACCAGGAGCAUCAGCCUAAGACUCUUCUACACUUCAGUAUAGGGAGGGGCAAGGUUGUCCCCAUCCUGGCCCUUCUCAGAACCAAUUUCCUGCUGACCUCAAGUUCUCCUCUUUGAUCAUCGUGGCCAGAGCAUCUUGUGUGGACCAUGUGGGCUCCUUGGGCUUCCCGCGGGACCUGAGCCACAUGUCCCUGUACGUGCUGUGCCACGCCUGUCACGCACGAGCACGGAGAGCCUCAGGAUGGUGAGCUCCCAGAGUCACGCAAACGCCUCUCGUUCCACUCCUCAGAGACUGAGCUCCAGAACUUUUCUAGUAGCUCAUAUUGUUAUUUUUCUAUUCUCAUCAUGAAACAAACAUUAUUUUAUAAUAAAUACGUAUUUUCUGUUGUGAG